AUGAAGCUGCUGCUUUACGCUGCUCUGUACGGAUAUUUAAUCUCGUCAGGACUGCCGCUGCAGCUGCAGUGCUACCACUGCGAAGACUACAUGGUGGAUAACGACUGCUCCUCGCCACAGUUCAUUGUAAACUGCACAGCCAACAUCCAGAAUGCGUGUCAGAAGGAGGUGCUGGUCGGCAGCGAUGGUGUGUCCUACCGGAAAGUCUGCGCUUCCUUCACCACCUGCCUGAUCGUGUCGGCGGGGUACCAGUCCUUCUGCUCUCCGGGGAAAGUGGGCUCCGUGUGUAUAAGCUGCUGUAACACCCCGCUAUGCAACGGGCCGCGCCCGCCUCGGAUCUCCGCGGCCGAGUCCCUGACCCUGGCCCCAGCCCCUCAGCGCACGGCUCUCUCGCUGGAAGUUGCGCUUCUGUUUAUCACAGCCUUGGUUUAAACUCGGCGCGCUGAUUACGACCCAGUCCGCAGCUGCGUGCCUCGGACUCGGGCUUGUUUUCCAUUGACAUAAUAGAAGAUUAACCAAUUGCUUGCAAACAAAGGAAGCAGUCCUGGAUUUGAACCCAGUCCCCCGUCCCUCUCCUCCACCCGCUGCGUGAAAACAUGAUUACAUUUUGCAAUGUGGAGCUGGCGAUAAGUCUCAGCUUGGUUUCAUUUGUGACUUGAACUGCAUUCAAAGCCAAACCUAUUAAGAUUAAUUAAACAAUAUUUUGGAAAACGAGGGUUUAACACCUCACGAGGGACCUGAACAGACCACCCUGGGGGCCACAGGCCAAUUCUCUACCGACCGAGCCAGCCAGCGCUGCUCAACGCGCAUGGAAAAUGCGUGUUAGGUCUUGAAUGAAUUCUUUGUACAAUAUGUAGAGGCAGAUUGAGGCUGGAUAACAAUUUCAACACACAGCACCUGAACCGCACCUCUGCUGUUUAGCAAUUAUUAUUAAUAUUAAUUAGCUGUAUGGCAGAGAACACCAGCUGUACUGUACCCUUGUGUUGCUCUGGUUGUCAUGGCAUUUCUUUUGGUGCCAUGGCAACUAGUUUCCACCCCACUCCCAAAUUUGAAGAACCCCGGUACUCAAGUGCCCUAAUUUUAAAAACCCAAGUAGUAUCUGAACCUGCCCCUAUCCAGAUUCCUUAAAAAAAAACCACAAACACAAAAAACAACCAAUCAGAAUGUAGUUU